AUGUCGCAUGAGAUGAUGUUGAUGGUACGCGUGCGAUUCCUGGAAGUUAAGGAACUCAAGUAUGAGGUGGUGAUCCGAUUCCUACGCUACCCUGGUCAAACGAGAACACUAUGGAUCGAUGCAAUCUGCCUCAAUCAGAGUGACAGUGACGAGUUGAACAAGCAGGUGCCGCGAAUGCACGAUAUAUACAGAUUGGCUUGGACGAGCACGCUGUGGUUGGGGACAGAAGACGCCAGCAGCACCCUAGCGCUGCGCAAAUUCCGCUAUCUGGGCAAUCAGAUCGUCGCCGAAGCGGACACUGGUCUGCUCUUUAGCGCUCCCGGCGCGGAAGAGAAGGAAUGUCCUACGAACGAGCCGAUGAGGAAGGCGUAUGCCCUCACACUCAACUGCAGCAUUACGAAAGAGCGCGAGCCAGAUUGGAUACUCAGUUCGACGAAGGCUUGGGUCGACCAGGACUUCGGGGAUCAGGCACUGUUUGGUCAAGGCGUGACUGAGUUGCCGAGCUCCGCAAUCAGAAGUGAUGUCUUGGACGCCCUUCAAUGUUGCGCCGAUCGCCUCUUCUUCCGUACCAAACAAGGAUCCAUAGGCCUUGCACUGUCAAAUACCCGGGUCGGCGACAUCAUCGCGAUCAUGCUCGGCUGCUCUACACCUCUGGCGUUGCGACCGAGUCCCCGCGGUCCUGACCACUACACCGUUGUUGGUGAAUGCUACGUACACAGGGCACAAGAUGGCAACAUGCUCCUCGGCUCGCUACCCUCCCCGUGGGUAGGCAUGGCAGCCUGGGCCGAAGGCGAUCGCCGCGUUCUGAGGUUUCUGAACACCGACACUCAGGAAGUGAGCAUUGAAGACCCGCGAUUGGCUGGCGAAUAUCUUGAGGGUUAG